GCGGAGGCUGCAAGGUUUAGUCUCGAUGCAGAAUCACCACACGCCAGAGAGAGAGAAGCAGCAAGCGGAUGGCGGUGCACACAGACAUCCUCCAUCGCUUCAGUGUGCGGACAAUAUUGUGCUUCCAGGGGCUGGGAUAUAUACAUAUAUUCAUAUAACACUCGGCGCACGAUCAAGGGCGUUUUUCUGCGAUGGAAUAAAUCAUUACGAGAACACAGCAACUCAUGGUUUACCUAAUGCAGUCCGGGUUGCAAAAUGUCAAAUCGGGGAACCCCGAGAUGAUGUUUGACGCGAACUCUUGGAAAAUACGGAGCAUCUGGGACGGUGUGAAGUUGGAGGUGGCCGGGGACUCGAGCCCCGUAGUCCUGCAUAGUUUCACGCAAUUGGACCCCGAUCUUCCGCUGCUUGAAAGCUCGACUCAGGAGAUCGGCGAGGAGGUGGAGGAGGGAGCGAUCUACACCAUCACACUCAGGAAGGUGCAGGUGCACCAGGCAGCCAGCAAGGGGCAGCGGUGGCUGGGGGUGGAGACGGAGGCGGCUCUGAGCCUCUACGAGACCUGUAAGGUGCGCACCAUCAAGGCCGGCACUCUGGAAAAGCUGGUGGAGUAUCUGGUGUCAGCCUUCAGGGGAAACGACUCGACCUACGUGACCAUAUUCCUGUGCACUUACCGCUCCUUCGCAAGCACAAAGCAAGUGCUGGAUCUCCUGCUAAACAGGUAUGCGAAGCUGCACCACCACUCCAGCGCAGAGGGCUCCAGACUGACCGGGGAUGACCGGACAGAGCUGAAGAACACUAUCUCGUCGAUCCUGGGCGCCUGGCUGGAUCAGUACUCUGAUGAUUUCUGGAAGCCCCCGGAGUAUGGGUGUCUGAGGCAGCUCAUCUCCUACCUGCACCUCAACUUCCCCGGCUCGGACCUGGAGAGGAGAGCCUGCAACCUGCUGGCCCAGUUCCACCAGAAACAGCACCGCGCGCCGGAGAAUGAGGUGCUUGACCACAGAGCCUGCACCUUCACCAUGCUGGAGGAGAACGGAUACGAGGAGGAGCGGCCCGACUUCCUGUCCUUCCCGCAAGACGUGGUGGCAGAGCAGUUCACGCUCUUGGACGCGGAGCUCUUCAAGAAGGUGGUGCCCUAUCAGUGCCUGGGCAGCACCUGGUCUCAGAGAGACAAGAAGGGGAAGGAGCACCUCGCCCCCACCAUCCGCGCCACGGUCACCCAGUUCAACAACGUCACCAACUGCGUGAUCAGCACCUGCCUCAGCGACAAGACCCUCAAACCCACACAGAGAGCCAAGAUCCUGGAGCGGUGGAUCGAGGUGGCCAGGGAAUGCCGGAUCCUGAAGAACUUCUCGUCCCUCAGAGCGAUCCUCUCGGCUCUGCAGUGCAACUCCAUCCACAGGCUCAAGAAGACCUGGGACGAGGUGUCCAGGGAAAACUUCCGGAUAUUUCACGAGCUGUCGGAAAUCUUCUCCGACGAGAACAACCACUCCCUGAGCCGGGAGCUGCUCAUCAAGGAGGGCACCUCAAAGUUCGCCACACUGGAGAUCAACCCCAAGCGGGCGCAGAAACGGCAGCAGCAGCAGAGAGAGCUGGGUGUGAUGCAAGGAACCAUCCCCUACCUGGGCACCUUCCUCACUGACCUGGUGAUGAUGGACACCGCCAUGAAGGACCAUCUCGAGGGAGGAUUAAUAAACUUUGAAAAAAGAAAAAAGGAGUUUGAGGUGAUCGCCCAGAUCAAGCUACUGCAGUCAGCCUGUAACAACUACAACUUCGUCCAGGACUCCCUGUUUGUGGAGUGGCUGUCCGGGCUGGAGAGGCUCAGCGAGGCAGAGAGUUACAGCCAGUCGUGUGAGAUUGAACCCCUGUCUGAGUCCGCCAGCAACACCCUGAAAGCCAAGAAAAACACAGGGAUCAUCAAGCGAUGGAGCGAUCGGCAGCCUGCCAGUGGGGAGCCAGGCUGCAGCAGCGCUGGGAGCUCCCACUCCAAGUCCUUCGAGCAGCUGCGCUACGGACCCUACCUAGGGGGCGGAGGGGGGGGAGAUGGGGGGGACUCCCUCAGCGUGACCUCGGCCGGCUCCUCCAGCUCCGACGUGGAGGAGAUCAACAUCAGCUUCGUCUCCGAGUCCCCCGACACGACCGAGAAGAAGAAUGCCACGUCUACUGUAAAACAUUCCAACUCUGCCUUAGGCAAGGGGAGCCACCUUCCAGAGCAGAUUCUCACGUUCUGGGAGUCCACGUCCAUCUCCUCUCUGGAGACGUCUGGGAUCUGCUCGGGCUCGGGUUCCAGCAGCGCCUCGUCCUCCUCGUUCUCCUCCACUCCCGUCACGGCCUCCCGCUCGCACAAGCGCUCCGUCUCCGGCUUCUCCAGCUACUCCUCCCUGUCCCUGCCCCUGUAUAACCAGCAGGUGGACGACUGCUGCAUCAUCCGGGUCAGCCUGGACGUGGACAACGGCAACAUGUACAAGAGCAUCCUGGUGACGAGUCAGGAUAAGACCCCCGUGGUGGUCCGCAAGGCCAUGGUGAAACACAACCUGGAACGCGAGCGGCCGGAAGACUACGAGCUGGUCCAGGUCAUCUCCGAGGAGAAAGAACUGAAGAUCCCUGACAACGCAAACGUCUUCUACGCCAUGAACUCGUCGGCCAACUACAACUUCGUCCUGAAGAGGCGGGGCUUCCCCAAAGCGGGCCGGACCAAGCACGUGGCCAGCUCCACCCUCCCGCGCAUGAAGCAGAAGGGCCUGAAGAUCGCCAAGGGCAUCUUCUAAACCCGAGACCCUUCAGGGAGUCUGUGCUACCCAGCCCCAGAGAACAGAACCCUAUCAGUAUUGUGACAUUAAAAAAAAAACAACACGCCUUUUAUGAACCUGUGCAAACGAGGUGAAUGGGACAGCACUUGCCCUUCGGAGGGUACAUGUUUACAGAUCUGCGGGGGUGCACCUCCCCCCCUGUCCCCAGUGUGGAGGGGACCCAGGAGCAGUGAACACCCCAGCUUUUGGGGUGGCAAGCCUGCGAUGGCUCAAGAUAACAAGAGCUUUUUUUUAACAGGAAUGAACUGAUGUGGUGGCUGUGCCGCGGAGAAGGAGUGGCUGAUUAUGCUUGCUUCGUUGUCGAAGGUCACUGUGCUGGCACUAGCGCUGAGGAGAGGAGGUGGACCACCCUGCAGUCAGGGGUUCAAAUAGCCCUCCUCCUGCGAGCUACUUUUGAGUUUAAACUCUUUUCCCUACAAGAAAGGGGCAACUUACCUUUUUAAAAUGACACCAGAGCUUCAAGACGGAAACCUGACACUUCUGUAGAAGCUGGGAAAGAGUUGAUUUGACACUAAAUCUCACCAGGGUAAAGAACGUGCAUCCUUGCAUUGUUAGCAGCUGUGACUCUGCACCCUGCAGUUUUGAAAUGUCAACCACUACAGCAUUAGAAGGAAUUCCUCUAAAUGAACAGACUGCCGAUUUGUUACAGGGAAACAGGAUGAGAGAAUCCUAGGGACAUGUCUGUGGGUUUAAAGGAAAGCAGCUCUUUGAAACGGAUACAGGAGUCCUGUGUUAAGUGCAAGCUGACUUCAGGGACUCGCCUGUUUUCUGUAACGUUAAACACAAGGUCUUUGUGUUGAAAACGCCUCAGCCCUUUCCGCCUUGCUAUUCUCGUAUGGUGCUAAUAGUUGUUGGAACUGCUAAUCUCUUGGGCCUUCUGUUCGUUUCCAGUGACUGCAGCACACAGCGAUAGAGAGGAAACAGUACAGCGUGCGUUCAAUGAGGACAGUUCGAAUGGCUACAGCCUCGCCUGGCACAUCCCCUGCUUUGCCAGUAGGGGGAGCCCCAGUGAGCUGGUGGUUUCCACGUCAGCCCACUGGAACUGUAAGGUGACGCCGGAACUCUGGAACUGUCUGAAGAACCAGUCGCUCAAAGUUUUCUCUCUGGCUGUGCAGGAGGAAAUGCGCCCCUGCUAAGACCCUUUUUCUGUGUGUGCUUUUCUGACCUGUGGUGACCUAAAAUGUUCAGGCUUGUGCGUUUUUUUUAUUUAUUUUUGAUUGAUUUCAUGAAGUGAGUGACGGUGUGUCUCACCCCAUCUCCCCCAAGGCGUGUGUGUGGAAAUCUGAAAC